AUGAACUCCCUCAAUCUCAUCUCCUCCCGAGUCAUCGGACAGUCUCAGUCAUCCUCACGCCCUCGGUCCAGGUCUCAAGGUGAACUUCUGAAGAAAGAGUCGGGCGAUGAGGAGUUUAGAGGCAGAUCUUACGGCGCGGAGCUCACGGCUGAGUUGAAGAAUGAGCCAGACGCUGCUUUCUCCGACAAGCUAUCCACCGAAGCAACUGCCGAAGACGAUGAACCUGUCAUCAAAUCGGAGGACGAGAAGCAGCCUUUACUGUACGCGGGCGAGAAGGAAGAUGGAAGUUCGACCGCGGAAGGCUGGCGCCUGCUAGUUAAGAAGCUUACGGAUGCUAUAACCACCAUUCUGGCCGCAAUUGGCGCCCCAAUCGUCUACCUCGCAAAGUGUUUUAGGGAUCAGAACGGAAAAUUCACCCUUGUCCCAAGGUUCCCGCGAAGGGAAAGCACUGCCCGUGCAAUGGGGCUCUCCAAUGCUGCCCCGGACGGCACUUGGGCCUACGAGAAACCUACCCACCGCGCGCUCCAAGAGGCGAAGCUGCACCACUCUUAUUCGAGCGACUCGUUAGACACCACCACUUCAGAUUCGGAUGCAGAACAGCGCAAGGCCGAGCGUGCCCAGCUACGCUCAAAGCCAAAGCGCGAUAAGACGGUGCGCGAGGACUCAGAAACCCGACGAUCCUCCAUCAGAAUCAAAGAGCAAAAUGACCUUGCUCACAAAAGGCGGAAACAAAAGAAAGCUGCCAGUCCCUUGGCCGAUUCGACACCAUUGACCGUAGACAACAUCAAGUCGCCGCGAUCGCCUUCUCCUUCCCUCAAGAUCACCAGAUAUCCUCACGCGCCCCAACCGCCUCGGCCCCUCGUUCCUCGAAGGCAACCUUCUUAUGCCAACCUGGUUCCCCGAACUCCCACCCGCCAUGGACCGCCGCUACAGCAGAAAACGCUGAUCUUGGACCUAGACGAGACCUUGAUCCAUUCCUUGGCCAAAGGAGGUCGGAUGUCGUCAGGGCAUAUGGUGGAGGUCAAAUUGAAUGCCCCAGUGGCUCUGGCACCUCCUCAGCCUGGCCAAGCCGUGGCCGUGAUUGGACCCCAGCAUCCUAUUCUAUACUACGUGCACAAGCGACCUCACUGCGACGAGUUUCUGCGUAAAGUUGCCAAAUGGUACAAGUUGGUGGUGUUUACGGCGUCGGUGCAAGAAUACGCGGAUCCAGUCAUUGAUUGGCUAGAACAGGAGCGAAAGUACUUUGUGGGCAGAUACUACCGGCAACAUUGCACAUUCCGCAACGGGGCGUACAUCAAAGAUCUCAGCAGCAUUGAGCCGGAUUUGAGCAAGGUCAUUAUUCUGGACAACAGUCCCGUCAGUUACAUUUUCCACGAAGACAAUGCGAUCCCGAUCGAAGGAUGGAUCAACGACCCGACCGACAACGAUUUGCUUCAUUUGAUACCCAUGUUAGAGGCGCUGCAGUACGUGACGGAUGUGCGGGCGCUGUUGGCGCUGAGGAGAGGAGAGGCAGAGGCCGCCGCGGCGUCGGCCUCGUAG